GAAAACAUUACAACAGAGAAGAAAAAAGGGGAAACAUCUUAUUGGCAAUCGGUCAAAAUUGCCUUUCGCAAUCAGCACGUACUAAUUGGCGGAUAAAUGCAAGACUUCCCUGAAGUUACCUUUACAGAGUCAUCAGACUACCUAUCAAAUUCGAAAAACAAGUACAAUAACACGGAAACUUCGCAAGCAGUACAUACUUUGAUAUUACCUGAGUCGGAUGAGUCUGAGGUCGUGGUCGUGUGUCGUUUCGGUGAGGAGGUCCGCAUUCCCAGAAGGGCCUUACAGGAAAACAUGCUAACAGAGUACGCUAAGCGUCUUGGGGAAAGUCAAUGGAAAUCGGACGGUAUGGCAUUAAGGUCUGGACAGCUCUUUUAUGCGGUGCAAUCGGUUGCGACCAUGAUUCGUGGCCAUACGGUGGAAUUAACUGAAGAUAAUGUGGGUGACAUCUAUGCAGCUGCAAAGGAGCUUCAAGUUGGGCAUCUACUAAGUCAGCUUGAAGACUAUUUGGUUGACCAUAUUGACAAGCUCGGUACACCGCAUCUUGAAAAGCUUGAUGCUGCCUUAUUUGAAAAGUUACUACUUAAGAAAAUGCGCAGUGGAUCUUCGUCUAUAAAGACAGGUUCUGCUGGAAAUAAUGGUGGUAACGAUGCCUGGCGUUGGGCUCGAGUCCUUUUUCGGUGGUGGAGGGCCGAUCUUGGUAAACGGAGAGACGAUUUCACUCGACUUGCUGAACAGCUUUCGUACACUGCGGACGCGUACAGUUACUCAGAGAGCUGUUCUUCAGAUCAGAACGACGAUACUCUGUCUCGGGUUGAAAUACCUCGAAAAAACUCGGGUGUGGUCGCCGGAAUACCAACAUCUGAAGCAUCGCAACACUCCAGACUAGUUGUAGUAGCCGGAAGAUUGUGGAACGUUGAACUUGAAAAAGAGACGUGCGUAUCGCUAAGAAUGUGUGCUUCCCCUUUACAGAGUACAGUCAUCAAGAACUCCGCACUGACAGUUUCUCUUAACUGUGUUACGAAAUUCAAUGUAAAUCAGCCUGUUACUGCUAGCAUCACAUUACAAGGCCAACUAAAAACGAUUAGAGGUAACAAUAGACCGAUUGAGAUGGCAGAAAAGAUAAUGGCUGUUUUGAAUUAUCGAGGCUUGAACAUUUUUUGGCUCGAAAAUAAAACGUUCUGGAUUUCUGAAAUUUCGGAUGUUCUAGAGCCAUGUCCAGAAGACCUACUUGAAGAUUUGAGGCUCACUGAUCUUCCUUUACCCCCGUACAAGAGUUGGUUGGGUCGACUAUGUACGGGAGGAGACGGUUGCGUUUUACUCUAUUAUUUUUGUUGGGGUCUGUUUCUUCGCCGCCCCAAUGAAUCUUCGUGGAAGCUUCUUUCCGAAGAGCUCUUUGUUGAGUAUCUUUCACCAAUUCCAUCAAGUUCGAACGCAUUUUAUAUUCUCGCUUGGAAAGGAUACUCAUUGCAAGCCUACAAAACAGGCGACCUCUCACUAACAUGCUAUACGUUCAUUCGAGAGAUGGAUGCCUGCGUAAACGGAACUUUUUAUCGUCGUUCCCGAGUGGUGAACGAGCUCAGCUGGGCUGAGAAUGUCGUUCUCUAUAUACAACAUCCAACUGAAGAUUUCGUUCAUUUCGAAAGACACAACAUUUUAAAAAGUGACACUCUUGUAGCAGUUGUAUCUACAAAGUACUCUAACAAAAUAAAGGACACGGCAACUAUAUAGAUAUUUAGUAACAAGCCAGCUUAA